CGAAUAUCGAUGGGUGGGGGCACUCGCUAGUCGCUAAUCUUUGUCUGUUAGUUGAUUUGUUUUAUGGGAAAUGAUCGUGUGUGACCCUGUACACCGUGUGGUCCUAACGUGCCAUCACAUGUUGAAAAAAAAUUAGGCGCCUUUAAAAAGCCAUUUGCUUUUUAAAUUCUGGACGAAUGAUGAAUUGACACGGUAGAGUUCACACCGUUUAAUCAGCGUAAAUACAUUCUCCGAAUCAUCACCCCUAUUGUUUUAGAACCUCAUAGAGAGAGAGAGAGAGAGAGAGAGAGAGAGAGAGAGAGAGUCCCUGAGUCGUGCUCGUAACUCCCGAGACUCUGUGGCUCUGCGUUUGUCUCUAGGCUGCCAUAUUUCUGGGAUAGCGUAAGAGAUGACCGGAACCCCGACUCAGGCCUUGGGUCUCUCACCUCUCCCUCUCAUUUUGAAAUUUGAACACCGUUUUUUGGCCUUUUUUGAGUUCCCCAUGCUCAGUCGAGUGUGCGCCCGCGCCUCUCUCGUUCUCUUUGACCGCCUCGGCGACGCCCCUUUGACCGCUCUCUCGCCCCAACCCCCCUUCUUCUUCUUCUUUAACUCCUUUUUAACAAAGCUUAAGCUUUUCGUUCUGAACUUUUGUCGAACAUUUGAGUGGCUAAUAUUUUCUUUCAGAAAGGAGACAUGGUCGAUAAUGGAGGUGGUGGUGGUGAGGCUGGCGAUGGAGAAUCUAGUUGCCUUCCGACAACACUCAGCGGAAGUUCAGAUGAUCUUAGCUUAGAGAGUAGUAAUAGUAUAAACAGUAGCACCACUACUGGCGGGUCGACUAGCUGUACAAAUAGCGAGAUCGUAAAUGGUUGUUUUGACGGAAAGCAAAUCGAGUGCAGCGCAGCAGAGACUACCAAAAAUGGGGAGUUUUUAGAAUGCCCAGAAAGUGAGACGAGCAGCUUGAGCUUAGAGAACAGUAAUAGUAUAAACAGUAGUACAACUACUGGUGGGUCGACUAGCUGUACAAAUAGUGAGAUCUUAAAUGGUUGUCUUGAUGGAAAGCAGAUCGAGUGCAGCGCAGCAGAGACUACCAAAAGUGGGGAAUCUGUAGAAUGCCCAGAAAGUGAGACGAGCAGCUUGAGCUCAGCGAGCUACUGCAGCAGCAUCGACGGCAAUGAGAACAGUUGUAGAAGCUUUUGUCCGAACAAGCCUCAUAAGGGAAACGAUCUUCGAUGGGACGCCAUUCAGUGUGUAAAGGGUAAGGAUGGGGUUUUGGGAUUGGGUCAUUUCAGGCUUUUGAAGAAGCUUGGGUGUGGGGAUAUUGGUAGUGUAUAUUUGGCGGAACUUAGAGGGAUGGGUUGUUUGUUCGCUAUGAAGGUGAUGGAUAAAGCGAUGUUGGCGGGAAGGAAGAAGUUAGCAAGGGCUCAGACUGAGAGGGAGAUUUUAGGUUCGUUAGAUCACCCGUUUCUUCCUACUCUGUAUUCGCACUUUGAGACGGAGAAGUUUUCUUGCUUGUUAAUGGAGUUUUGCAGUGGAGGGGAUCUUCACACGCUCCGGCAGCGGCAGCCGGGCAAACAUUUCUCUGAGCAAGCAGCACGGUUUUAUGCUUCAGAAUUGCUUCUUGCCCUUGAAUAUCUACACAUGAUGGGAGUGGUUUAUAGGGACUUGAAGCCUGAAAAUGUUUUGGUGAGGGAGGAUGGCCAUAUCAUGCUUUCUGAUUUUGAUUUAUCUCUCAAGUGUUAUGUGAGCCCUACCCUGAUAAAGUCCAGUAUGGAAUCAUCUCGUAGGGUCUCUUCCUGUAUCCAACCACCAUGCACUGAUCCAACAUGCAAAUUAUCAGUUUGUGUGCAGCCUUCUUGUCUACAACCAUCGUGCUUCAGACCUCGAAUUUUCAAUCCGAAGGCAACAAAGGCAAGGAAAUGGAGGAAUGAGUGUAUAAGCUUGACCCGUAUGGAUUCACUUCCUGUACUCAUCGCAGAGCCAACCACUGCCCGAUCAAUGUCUUUUGUGGGGACCCAUGAAUAUUUAGCUCCUGAAAUCAUUAAAGGGGAUGGUCAUGGGAGUGCUGUGGACUGGUGGACAUUUGGUAUUUUCCUGUACGAGUUGCUUCAUGGGAAGACACCAUUCAGGGGGAAUGGUAACCGUGAGACAUUGUUCAAUGUUGUUGGACAGCAACUGAAGUUCCCAGAUGGUUCUAAUAUCAGUUCUGCUGCUAAGGAUUUGAUCAAGGAUUUGCUUGUAAAGGAUCCACAACAAAGAUUAGGAUACAAAAGGGGUGCCACAGAGAUCAAACAGCACCCUUUCUUUGAGAAUGUUAAUUGGGCUCUAAUUCGUAGUACUCACCCUCCAGAUAUUCCUAAACCUGUUGAUUUGACUUUUGUUAAUCACACAAUCAGAUCGUCACUGCCUCCAAAUGAGAGGGGGGCUAGAGCUACUGAUUCAGAUAGCUCAUCAGGUCCAUACCUUGAUUUUGAAUUUUUCUAGGAACUUAGGCGGGAAAGAUGUUGUAAUUUCCCUUUGAGUUGAUUAGAUAUAAUUAUACCUGCUGAUUGUUUACUGUUAAGUCAACAAAAUCUACAUGCAUUUAUGUCAUUCUUUUUUCCCUUUCUUCCACGGAUACUAAAUUACAGAUUGGUUUCAACUUUCAACUUUCAAUUGUCUUC